CACGUCGGCCUGCUAGCUAGCUAACAACUAUUAGAAAAGCCCAAGUAGAUAGCAAUCUAUUAGGUUAAUACGUCGUUUUAUUUUAGUCGUCGAUUGAUUUUAUAUUUAGCAGUAUUAAGAAGUUAGACAAUGAAACUUUCUCGGGCAGAAUAUAAGGCGAUCGCGAAAUUUAUGGAACAACUCAGACCCACACGCCAGUGUAUGAAAAUGCUCAAGGACAGAUUUCCGAGUCACUCGCAGUCCACUCUGCUGAGCAUCUUCUCCCUGGAGUACCAGAGGAGAAUUAAAAGAACCAUUUCAAAGCAUCACACCCCAGAAGCUCUUGAAAGCUACUACCAAAGGUACCUGAGCGCAGCGAAGACUCGUCCUUCGUCCCCGGUCCUGUUGGACUUGGCCAAUGAGGUGGACUUCUCCCCCUCGCUCAUGGCGCGUCUGAUCCUCGAGAGGUUCCUGCAGGACCAGGAGAGCACAGCGCCCACCAAGCUGGUCAUAAACAGCAUGCUGAGAGAGCCAUCUUUAAUUCCAGACCGCAAUCUGGCCAACCAUGUUUAUCAGUGCACAAUAAAUGACUGCUGUUAUGGACCGUUGGUAGACUGCAUCAAACAUGCCAUUGGUCAGGAACAUGAGAUCCUUCUCCGUGACAAGCUGCAAGAGAGAAACCUGUCCUUUUUAGAUGAAAAUCAACUCCGUGCCAAGGGCUAUGACAAGACGCCAGACAUCAUUCUGGAGGUGCCAAUAGCUGUUGAGGGUCACAUAGUUCACUGGAUCGAAAGCAAGGCCUCUUUUGGGGAUGAAUGCAGCCACCGCACGUACCUGAACGAGCAGUUUUGGAGCUAUUGGAACAGGUUCGGACCGGGGUUAGUCAUCUACUGGCAUGGCUUCAUCGAGGAGCUGGACUGCAACCGGGACCGAGGCAUUCUGCUCGGGGACUGCUUCCCCUCAGACAUUGUAACCCUAUGCCACGGGACCGGCCAGGGCUGA